AUGAGCACUGAAACGGUCUUACAAAUAUUGAAUCGAAUAAGGUUAUUCCUUCAAAAAGAAAAGAAUUUAACAAAUUUAAGUCAAAUAGAAUCCUAUGCCAACCAGUUCUCAAAGCAUUCGAUAAUUGACGUAAACCUCCACUGCUCCAAAUUACCGAGGACAAAAGAAGAUAGGGGGGCUCAGUGGCUUCUUCCCCCAGAAUAUCAUCAUUUAAGAUGCUACAAAUCAACAGGGGACGGAAAUUGUCUUUUCAAUUCCGCCUCCCUGUUAAUCACAGGGACAGAAAAGAUUGCCUCGCAAUUCCGCCUUUUAACGGUUCUUGAAUUAAUGAAAAAUAUUAAAUAUUAUUUAAACGUCCCCAUCUUCAAGAAAUCAAUAAUUUACUCAAAUGAAGCUUUCCAAACUGCUGAAAAGUUUAAUAACAAUAACAACAAUAUUAAAGAGUUCGAUAAACAAUUUGUUUAUUUACAAGAAUUAUCAUUAAUCUGUAAACCAGGAAACUGGUGUGGCAUGGUUGCCAUCUAUGGCCUUUCCUCGGUCUUACAAAGAAAAAUCUGCUCCAUUUUUCCACCAGUCAAACAAAGACUCUUAAUCAAUACUUACAAUAAACUAAUUGAGCCACGAUUAGAUGUUAAUAACAAUAAUGAUAAUGAAGAAAUUUAUCAUGAUCCAAUACACAUCUUUUGGACAAACAUAUCCGUCACCAAUAAACAAAAGGCAAUAACUUUCUUGAAAUCCGAUCUUAUUCAAACAAAUCACUUCGUACCAUGUAUCAAAGCCCGCGACGAACAAACCAGAUCUAGCAAUAUAUCUCGUAGUAACGCAGCUGAAUCUAAUAAUGCGCCUCGUGAUGGUCAAGCCCGUAAUUUGCCUAGUAACGUAUCUCAUAAGAGCUUAGUCCAGCCUAACAAUGUUCCCCAUCGUAACAGAGCGGAAUCUACCAAUGUUCUAAAUAAUGAACGAGCAGAAUCUAGGAAUGUUCUAAAUAACGUCCGAGUGAAAUCUGACAAUAUACGCCAUCAUAACCGAGCGGAAUCUAGGAAUAUUCUAAAUAAUUACCGAGCAGAAUCUAGAAGUAUUCUAAAUAAUAACCAAGCAGAAUCUAGGAAUAUUCUAAAUGGCAACCGAGUGGAAUCUGACAAUGUGCUCCAUCACAACCGAACAGAAUCUAGAAAUAUUUUAAAUAAUAACCGAGUGAAAUCUGACAAUGUGCCCCAUCAUAAUCGAACAGAAUCUAGGAAUGUUCUAAAUAAUAACCGAGCGGAAUCUAAGAACGUGUCCCAUCAUAAUCAUAAUCGAGAAGAAUCUAGCAAUGUUCCCUCGGAAUUUAACAAUAUGGCUCGCAGAACGCACGAGAUUCUUGUAAGACACAAUAGAAGGAAGCUGGAUCAUCAAGAGGCACCACAGUCUUCUAUAAGAAAGAUCAAGACAUCUAAUGGCGUGUCCGUUCAUCAAGAAUUCCCAACUAGAAGAAUCAGAAGGAUGUUAUCUGUACAAGAACGAUCGGAAAAAACGUUCCCAAAGAUAAUUCAAGAAAUUACUCCAAUUCUCUUGAGUAAAAGGAAGUUAUCUGAGGAAAAUAUGUCCUCAAAAAGGACUAAAAUAAAUGACUAA